AUGCAACUGGACCAGAGCGGAAGACAGAAAAAAAGGCUCUGCAUUCCCUGGGACGCCUCUGACGAGGACAUCAAGAAGGCGUACAGGAGGGCGGUGCUGAAAUGGCACCCGGAUAAGAACCCGGAGAACAAGGAACACGCCGAGCGGAAGUUCAAAGAGAUCGCGGAGGCCUACGAAGUGCUGUCGGACAAGAUCAAGCGCGACCUCUAUGACCGCUAUGGCAAGGACGGGCUCACGGGGGCAGCAGCGCCCAGGGAAUCGAGGGCUGAAGACGGAGCCCCUGGAUUUAUGUUCCACUUUCGGAGCCUCCAUGACAUCUUCAGAGAGUUCUUUGGGGGACAAGAGCCUUUCUAUGGAUCCUCUGGACCCUUCAACUCCAGCAUCGACGCAGGAAAAGGCUUCUGCUUCUUCUCUACCUCGACCAUGUUCGUCAAUGGCAAACGCAUCACAACCAAAAGGACUGUGGAGAACGGGCAGGAGCAGGUGGAGAUUGAAGAGGAUGGGGAGCUGAAAUCUGUCCACGUCAAUGGUGAGAAGCAGCGUCUUCCUGGGCCAUGGACAGCGCAAGAGACUGAGAGCAGGGAGGGAGCAAAGCUGGUUUCUUGGGGCAGGCACUGGGUCUUUGUUAGGUGCUUGUUCUGCCCCCAGCACAGAGCAGCCAGCUUGAGAGUGGAAGUCCUGGCACACCUGCAGUGCAAGUUACCGAUGAAUCAAUUCCCAAACAAAGCACUGCCAAAGGGAACCUGGGACAAGGUCCCCCACAGUGUUCUUGCCAGCAAGUUACAGAAGUAUGGGCUGGAUGACUGGACUAUA